AUAGUAUAAAAGAAGAUUUUAGAAAUCAUACUGUAAGCAAUAGAGGAGGUACAACAACUUGCCCAACUAAUCAGAGAGAGAGUAAUAUAGUAGAAAGAAAGGAAACCCAUAUAUCUUUACCAAAGCCAACGAAAACAAAACAAGCGGCAACUUGGUUUCAUCUAGAUGUCUAG